AUGGCCCAUCACGAGCCAGCCCCCGGGUCCUGGGACCCCGCCAAGGCGGGAGCCUCUGCCCCGGCGGCACCGCGGAGUGUGCCUGUGGAUCCGAAUGCGAGACGACGGCGCAAAGAGCUUCCAAAGCCGACAAAAGCGAUGCAGGCUCACAACGACCUCAAUCUCGAGGAGCUGAGUGGCACAUCGCGUCUCGUGGAUCAUGAAGACAGCCAAGGACGAGGCCCUGGCUUCUUCUGUGAAGUCUGCAAAAAAAUGUGCAAGGACAGUGUCGGAUAUCUGGACCAUAUCAAUGGCCGCAUGCACUUGCGGCGCCUAGGUCAAAAGACUCAGGCUGAACGGGCCACGCUGGAGCAGGUGCGCGAGCGUAUCGCUGCUGUCCGGGCCGAGCGUGCGCUGGGCGCAACGCCUGCGCAACGCUAUGACUUUGAUGUUCGCCUGCAACAAAUUGCCGAGGAGCAACGGCGCGAGCGCCAGGCUCAGCGGCGUGACAAGCGAGACGAGCGACAUCGCAAGCGGCUAAAACAGAUGCACGAGGCACCGCAACCAGAAGAGGAUGCCGAUGUCAUGGCAGCGAUGGGCUUUGGUAGUUUUGGGCCCAAACGGUAG